GUUAUCCUUCCAAGGCCGUUCAACACCCCAGCAGCCAUUGCCAAAGCCAAGCAGAACGUGGAGCGAGACUACUCGGUGGUUGGUAGCUGGGAGGAUGUGAAUGUGACUUUAACAGUCCUCGAGCACUAUAUACCCCGUUUCUUCAAGGGUGUCACUGAUCUGUACUAUGAACCCGAAGUAGGUCCGGCCUUCAAGAAAAUGAAUACAAACCAUUGGAAGCCAAAGAUUAGCGAACGCAUCAAAAGGAUAAUGAGGGCGAACUUCACCCAGGAGUACGAUUUCUAUCACUUUAUCAAGCAGCGCUUGUAUAGACAAUAUUUUGCAAUAAAAAAGGACUUGGAACUGUAACCAAUGACGAAUUUAUUGAACUUUUGCUUCCAUUAACUUUAUGCUCCGUAACCAUGUAAUUAGUUGUUUUGACUGCAUUUAGAUAUCAUUUUUUAUGGGUUGAUUUUUUGUUUGUCUGGUCUAAGGAAGUCGACUCAUUUUUAUCCUCACU